AUGCUGUGCCUCGGCUUCACCCCGCUGCUUGCACUGGUGCUGGUGGCCAGCCUUGGAGCCGCCUUCCUCCAGGACACCCUGAAGAAGAGCUGCAGCCUGACCAAGUACCAGUUCCUCGCACCCCACGAGCUGAAGGCUGUGCAGAAGAUGAAGGAGCAGUUUGAGGACAUCAUGCUGCUGUCGGACCGCAAAUGCAACAUCAUGCUCUUCCGUCGGAAAUGGAAUACGGCAGAGCUGUCGGUGCCCGACCGAGUGAUGCUGGUGGAAGCCGAGCUGGACCUCGCCACCACCAUGCUGGGGAUCCCUGCUGCCCCUAGGUUUGCCAAGACGCGCCAGCGGCCCCUGGCCUUUCUCACCCAAGCCCGGCAGGACCUGCGAGGCUGCGUGGCCACAGAGUCUCCUUCACAUCAGCCCUCCGGGAAGCUGAGGCACUGGCUGCAGAAGCUGCAGACGGCCAAGGAAACAGAGACCACCGGCUGCCUGGAGGCCUCCACCAUCCUCCACCUCUUCCAAGUACUGAAUGACCUGCGGUGCGCGGCCCUCCGGGAGCAGUGCACGUAG